AUGCCGAAGCGUAAGCUCGCUGAGCUCAACGGCUCUGCGCGGCCAGACAACGACAAAGCCCGCAAGCUCUCGAUGAAAGCCGUCCGGCUCGCGAACAAAUUCGACCAAGGCGUACAACUCAUUUCGAAGGCCCUGAAAACUGCGCGUGGAUUUGAACGACAGAAGCUAAGUAGGCGAGAGAAAACUGCAAAGUCGCAAGAUGACUCUGCGACCUUAACACGACUAUCUGCCGAAGUGGAAGCGUUGAAAGGCCUUGACUACCAGAUCACGUCGCAAAGAUACCUCUUCAAGCAACUUUCUAAGACUAAGCGCAUUGCAGAGGCGCCAGUGUUUAAGGAAUUCGAGGGAUCCAGGCACAUCUCCACCGAGGGACCUAAGAGCACUGCCGAAUCCAAUAUCCUCGGACGCCUGUUCAAAUCGACCCCGGUCAAGAACGUAUUGCCUAAGAUCUUGGCUGAAAUCCGGACAUUACUUGGCAUUUCAGACGUACCGACCGGAAAGCAGGACAAGACGUCCACUCGAAAAGAUGCGAUGUCAAAAUCAACAUCCGCCAAGAAGCAGAAAGAAACUUCUGCCUCAGACACUGGCGACGAAAAUGAUGCGCACCCUGCAGCUCCUAAGCGCAGGAUGGAUGUGGAGGGAUCCGGCGAAGACGAGUCGGAAGACUUCGGAGAUUUCGAUGCGCGCCUAGCCUCAGGCUCAAACUCAGAAGAUGACGAUGAUGAAGACAGUUCGAAUCCACGAAAGCCAGUCACAGCCAAUGACAUCUCAGAUUCAGUCUCGCGUUCCCCGUCCCCUACCUUCUCGGACGAGCAAUCUCCUCCACCAAAGAAGGCCAAGGGAAGCAAAGAACCUGCACAACAGACGACAUUCCUUCCAUCGCUCAUGAUGGGCGGCUACUGGUCAGGCUCUGAGUCUGAAGCUACAGACGACGAACAGGCGGCUGGCCCUCCUAAACGCAAGAACCGCAUGGGGCAGCAAGCUCGCCGUGCUCUGUGGGAGAAGAAGUACGGUGAUAAAGCCAAUCAUAUUCAGCAGGAGCAGAAAAAGCAACGGAAAAACAGGGACAGCGGAUGGGAUCUACGGCGGGGGGGCUACAGGAGACUCUCGAGGAGGACAUCGUGGUGGACGGGGCGGAACCGGCCAGACAGUCAAGGUGGCCAGCGUGAGAAGCCCAAGGUCCAUCACAAAGAUAAUACCGGGCCUUUGCACCCUUCAUGGGAAGCCAAGAAGAAGCAAAAGGAGCAAGCUACCGCAACCUUCUCAGGAACAAAGGUUACUUUUGAUUAG